GACCACCGCGUCGUCCUCUUCUCGCAGUUCUCGUCGAUGGUCGACUUGCUGGACGACUACUGCCGGCAGGUGUGCACCCUGCUAUGCGUUCAGCACGUAGGCUCGACGAACCGGGUGCAGCGAAUGGUCAACCUGCAGUCCUUCAACGCGCCCGGCUCCAAGGUCUUCCUCUUCCUCAUGACGACGCGCGCGGGCGGCCUCGGCAUCAACCUGCAGACCGCCGACACGUGCAUCCUCUUCGACAGCGACUGGAACCCGCAGCAGGACCUGCAGGCGAUGGGACGGGCA